UCAGCGCCCGCCGGACCCUUCGGAAGACGCGGCGCGCCCGGGCGCUCCGGCCGCGGGGGCGCUGGGGGCGGCGUGACGGGCAUCUCCCCCGCUGACAACUUCUCUUCCACCCGCGCCCCUCGGCGCCAGCUGCCCGGGCCCCACACCUGGCCGCCCCGCGGGCGCUCGGCUGAGAGGCCACCGCCCGCCUGUCCCGCCCGCGGGGCCCGAGGCCGGGGGCGGCGGCUCCUUGGCAUGGCCCUGGGCGCCCGGCUGGCGGCCGGCGGCGGCGCAGCGGGCCCGGGGCGGCCGCGGGGGUCUCUGCCCGGCCCCGAGCGGCGGCGGCGGCCCCGCGGAGCCCGCGCGGCGCCCGAGAGCCCCGGCGAGGACGCGGGCCGGCGCGGCGGGCGGCCGCCGACAAAGUUGAGCGCGGGCCGGCAGCGCGGAUGGUGGGCGCUGCUGGCGCUCCAGCUGCACUUGCUCCGGGCGCUGGCACAAGAUGACAUUGUGCCGUAUUUUAAAACAGAGCCAGGCCUACCGCAGAUUCACCUGGAAGGGAACCGUCUUGUUCUCACUUGCCUUGCUGAAGGGAGCUGGCCUUUGGAAUUCAAGUGGAUGCGCAAUGACAGUGAGCUCACCACCUACACCAGCGAAUAUAAGUAUGUUAUUCCGUCUUUACAGAGGCUCGAUGCUGGGUUUUACCGCUGUGUGGUGCGAAACAGAAGGGGAGCGCUCUUGCAAAGAAGAUCAGAAGUUCAAGUUGCAUAUAUGGGAAAUUUCAUGGAUACAAACCAGAGGAAAACAGUUUCUCAAGGACAUGCAGCAGUUCUCAACUUACUGCCCAUCUCCAGCUGCCCCAGACCUCAAGUGACUUGGUUUAGAGAAGGGCACAAGAUUAUUCCAAGCAACAGAAUCGCCAUCACGCUGGAGAAUCAACUGGUGAUCCUCGCGGCAACAGCAAGUGAUGCAGGGUCUUACUAUGUGCAGGCCGUCAACGAGAGGAACGGAGAGAACAAGACGAGCCCACUCAUUUAUUUGAGCAUCGCAGGAGAUGUUGGCACACCCGAAACCAUGGCCCCCGUCAUUGUGAUUCCUCCAGGCAACAGAAGUGUGGUAGCUGGGUCCAGUGAGGUCACCUUGGAAUGCAUAGCCAAUGCCAGGCCUGUUGAAGAGCUGAGCGUGAACUGGAAGAGAAACGGGGUGAGAAUCACCAGCGGGCUCCACAGUUUUGGGAGACACCUCACCAUCAGCAACCCCACAUCUUCGGACACUGGGAUGUACGUCUGUGAAGCGACGCUGAGAGGGAGCACUUUUGAACCAGCCAGAGCAAAAGCCUUUCUUUCUAUCACGGAGCCUCCAUAUUUUACUGCUGAACCUGAGAGUCGGAUUUUGGUUGAAGUGGAAGAAACUGUGGACAUCGUAUGUCAAGCCAUGGGGGUCCCUCUUCCCACCCUUCAGUGGUACAAGGAUGCCAUCUCCAUCAGCAAGCUCCAGAAUCCUCGAUACAAAGUGCUCUCAAGUGGAGGCCUGCGCAUCCAGAAGCUGCAUCCAGAGGACUCUGGAAUCUUCCAGUGCUUUGCCACUAAUGAGGGAGGAGAGAUCCAGACCUACACCUACCUGGACGUUACCAAUGUUGUGCCAGCAUUCACUCAGCUUCCAGUGGACACCACAGUUACUGAUGGGAUGACAGCCAUUCUGAGGUGUGAGGUGUCUGGGGCUCCCAAACCCGCCAUCAUGUGGAAGAGAGGAAACCACAUUUUGGCCAGUGGCUCUGUGCGGAUUCCCAGGUUCAUGCUUCUUGAGUCUGGGGGUCUACAGAUAACCCCUGUCUUCAUCCAGGAUGCUGGCAACUACACAUGCUAUGCAGCUAACACAGAAGGAUCCCUGAAUGCAUCUGCAGCACUAACCGUGUGGAAUCGAACGUCCAUCGUUAACCCCCCAGAGGACCGCGUGGUGAUUAAGGGGACCACGGCCACGCUGCACUGUGGAGCCACCCACGACCCCCGGAUUUCCCUCCGCUACGUCUGGAAGAAGGACAGCAUGGUCAUCACCCCAUCUAGCAGUUCCAGAAUUGUGGUGGAGAAGGACGGGUCCCUCCUCAUUAGCCAGACGUGGUCGGGUGACAUCGGAGACUACACCUGCGAAAUUAUCUCUGAAGGAGGGAAUGACUCGAGAAUGGCCCGGCUGGAAGUGAUUGAACUGCCUCAUUCGCCUCAGAACCUCCUGGCCAGCCUGAAUUCUUCCCAUAGUCACACCGUGAUGCUCUCUUGGGUUCGCCCCUUUGAUGGAAACAGCCCAGUUCUUUAUUACAUUGUGGAGCUGUCCGAAAACAACUCUCCAUGGAAAGUGCAUCUGUCAAACGUUGGCCCCGAGAUGACAGGCGUCAUCGUGAGUGGCCUGACUCCGGCUCGCACCUAUCAAUUCAGGGUGUGCGCCGUGAAUCAAGUGGGCAAAGGCCAGUACAGUGCAGAGACAAGCAGGUUGAUAUUACCUGAAGAACCACCCAGUGCUCCCCCGAAAAAUAUAGUGGCCAGUGGGCGUACCAAUCAGUCCAUCAUGGUCCAGUGGCAGCCGCCCCCAGAGACAGAGCACAAUGGGGUGCUGCAUGGCUAUAUCCUCAGGUACCGCCUGGCUGGCCUGCCUGGAGAGUACCAGCAGAGGAACAUCACCAGCCCAGAGGUCAACUACUGCCUGGUGACAGAGCUGAUUAUCUGGACGCAGUAUGAAAUACAGGUGGCAGCUUACAACGGGGCUGGCCUGGGUGUCUUCAGCAGGGCAGUGACCGAGUACACCUUACAAGGAGUGCCUACUGCGCCCCCACAGAACGUGCAGACGGAAGCUGUGAAUUCCACGACAAUUCAGUUCCUGUGGAACCCUCCACCUCAGCAGUUUAUCAAUGGCAUCAACCAGGGAUACAAGCUUCUAGCAUGGCCAGCUGAUGUCCCUGAGGCCAGCACUGUAGUCACCAUUGCUCCAGAUUUCCAUGGAGUCCACCAUGGGUAUAUAACCAACUUGAAGAAGUUUACUGCUUACUUCACCUCGGUCCUGUGUUUCACCACUCCAGGGGACGGGCCUCCAAGUGCGCCUCAGCUCAUAUGGACUCAUGAAGACAAACCAGGAGCUGUGGGACAUCUGAGUUUCACAGAGAUUCUGGACACAUCUCUCAAGGUCAGCUGGCAGGAGCCCCUGGAGAAAAAUGGCAUCAUUACAGGCUAUCAGAUUUCCUGGGAGGUGUAUGGUAAGAAUGACUCACGGCUCACACACACUCUGAACAGCACAACGCAUGAGUAUAAAAUCAAAGGAUUGUCCUCUCUCACCACCUACACCAUCGAGGUGGCUGCCAUCACUGCAGUAGGGGCUGGCCUGGCGACAUCAUCCACCAUUUCUUCUGGAGUGCCCCCAGAACUUCCUGGUGCCCCGUCCAAUCUGGUCAUUUCCAACAUCAGCCCUCGCUCAGCCACCCUUCAGUUCCGACCGGGCUAUGACGGGAAGACGUCAAUCUCCAGGUGGAUCGUAGAGGGGCAGGUUGGAGCCAUCGGCGAUGAGGAGGAGUGGGUCAGCCUCUACGAGGAGGAGAAUGAGCCUAACACCCAGACACUGGAGAUCCCCAACCUCACACCCUACACUCAUUACAGAUUUCGAAUGAGGCAGAUGAACAUUGUUGGGGCCAGCCCCUUCAGUCAGUCAUCCCGGGUCAUCCAGACGCUACAGGCCCCCCCUGAUGUGGCUCCAACCAGCAUCACCGUCCGAACUGCUAGUGAGACCAGCCUGCGGCUCCGCUGGGUGCCCCUGCCCGACUCCCAGUACAACGGGAACCCCGAGUCGGUGGGCUACAGGAUUAAGUACUGGCGCCCGGACCUCCAGUCUCCAGCUCUGACCCAAGUCAUCAAUGACCGGCUCGAGAGGGAAUUCACCAUUGAGGAGCUGGAGGAGUGGACGGAGUACGAGCUGCAGAUGCAGGCGUUCAAUGCCAUUGGGGCUGGGCCCUGGAGUGAGGUGGUGCGGGGUCGGACACGGGAGUCAGUUCCUUCAGCCGCCCCAGAAAACGUGUCAGCGGAGGCUGUCAGCUCGACCCAGAUUUUACUGACGUGGGCUUCGGUACCCGAGCAAGACCAGAAUGGGCUCAUCCUGGGCUACAAGAUUCUGUUCCGGGCCAAAGAUCUGGAUCCUGAGCCCAGAAGUCACGUCGUGCGAGGGAACCACACGCAGUCGGCGCUCCUGGCGGGGCUGCGGAAGUUCGUGCUAUACGAGCUCCAGGUGCUGGCGUUCACCCGCAUCGGGAAUGGGGUGCCCAGCUCGCCCCUCAUCCUCGAGCGGACCAAAGAUGACGCCCCAGGCCCGCCGGUGAGGCUCGUGUUCCCGGAAGUGAGACUCACAUCUGUGCGGAUUGUGUGGCAGCCGCCGGAGGAGCCCAACGGCGUUAUUCUGGGGUACCAGAUUGCCUACCGCCUGUCCAGCAGCAGCCCCAACACCUUCACCACGGUGGAGGUCGGCGCCACGGUGCGGCAGUUCACAGCCACUGAGCUGGCCCCGGAGUCGGCAUACAUCUUCAGGCUGUCCGCCAAGACGAGGCAGGGCUGGGGGGAGCCUCUGGAGGCCACCGUCAUCACCACUGAGAAGAGAGAGCGGCCAGCGCCCCCCAGAGAGCUCCUGGUGCCCCAGGCGGAAGUGACCGCUCGCAGCCUCCAGCUCCAGUGGGUCCCAGGCAGUGACGGGGCCUCCCCCAUCCGGUACUUCACCGUGCAGGUGCGAGAGCUGCCCAGGGGAGAGUGGCAGACCUACUCCUCAUCCAUCAGCCAUGAGGCCACAGCCUGUGAGGUCGAAAGGCUGAGGCCCUUCACCUCCUACAAGCUGCGCCUGAAAGCCACCAAUGACAUCGGGGAUAGCGACUUCAGCGUGGAGACGGAGGCCGUAACCACACUGCAAGAUGUCCCGGGAGAGCCUCCGAGUUUUGUCUCAGUGACGCCGCACACCACUUCCUCUGUCCUGAUCCAGUGGCAGCCUCCAAGGGACGAAAGCCUGAACGGCCUUCUUCAGGGGUACAGGAUCUACUACCGGGAGCUGGAGUAUGAGGCGGCCUCAGCCACAGAGUCCAAGACGCUCAAAAGCCCCUCAGCUUUACGGGCUGAGCUCACAGCCCAAAGCAGCUUCAAGACCGUGAACAGCAGUUCCACAUUAACGACGUAUGAAUUAACACAUCUGAAGAAGUACCGGCGCUACGAAGUGAUCAUGACGGCCUACAACAUCAUCGGCGAGAGCCCGGCCAGCGCACCCGUGGAGGUCUUUGUCGGCGAGGCUGCCCCGGCCGUGGCCCCGCAGAACGUCCAGGUGAACCCGCUCACGGCCAGCCAGCUGGAGGUCACGUGGGACCCGCCGCCGCCCGAGAGCCAGAACGGGAACAUCCAGGGCUACAAGGUUUACUACUGGGAGGCAGACAGCCAGAAUGAAACGGAGAAAAUGAAGGUGCUGUUCCUGCCAGAGACUGUGGUGAAGCUGAAGAACCUGACCAGCCACACCAAAUACCUGGUCAGCAUAUCGGCCUUCAACGCUGCUGGAGACGGGCCCAAAAGUGACCCCAGGCAGGGGCGCACCCAUCAGGCCGCUCCUGGGACCCCCAGCUUUCUGGCGUUCUCCGAAAUCACCUCCACCACACUUAACGUUUCCUGGGGUGAGCCAGUGGCAGCCAACGGCAUCCUGCAGGGCUAUCGAGUGGUAUACGAGCCCUUAGCACCUGUGCAAGGAGUGAGUAAGGUGGUGACGGUGGACGUGAAAGGGAACUGGCAGCGCUGGCUAAAGGUGCGGGAUCUCACAAAAGGAGUGACCUAUUUCUUCCGUGUACAAGCGCGGACCAUCACCUACGGGCCCGAGCUACAAGCGAAUGUCACGGCCGGGCCAGCUGAGGGUUCCCCGGGUUCCCCUAGACAUGUCUCGGUCACCAAAUCCGCCUCUGAACUGACCCUGCAGUGGACGGAGGGAGAUGCCGGCAAGACGCCGACCACGGGCUACGUCAUAGAGGCCAGGCCCUCAGAUGAAGGCCUAUGGGACAUGUUUGUGAAGGACAUUCCCCGGAGCGCCACAUCCUACACCGUCAGCCUGGAUAGGCUCAGGCAAGGAGUGACUUACGAGUUCCGGGUGGUGGCCGUGAACCAGGUGGGCUAUGGGGAGCCCAGCAGACCCUCCACAGCCAUAUCAGCUCAAGUGGAAACCCCGUUCUACGAGGAGUGGUGGUUCCUCCUGGUGAUGGCGCUCUCCAGCCUGAUCAUCAUCCUGCUGGUGGUGUUCGUCCUGGUCCUGCAUGGACAGAACAAGAAAUACAAGAACUGCACCACAGGUAAGAGCCUCUCCAACAUGGAGGAGUCAGUGACCCUGGAUAAUGGAGGAUUUGCUGCCUUGGAGCUCAAUAGCCGCCACCUCAAUGUCAAGAACACCUUCUCGAAGAAGAACGGGACCAGGUCCCCGCCGCGGCCGAGCCCUGGUGGGCUGCACUACUCAGACGAGGACAUUUGCAACAAGUACAACGGUGCCGUGCUGACUGAGAGCGUGAACCUCAAGGAGAAGUCGGUGGACGCCUCAGAAUCCGAGGGCACCGACUCCGAGUCCGAGGACGCGCCCCCCCAGCACUCCUUCGUCAACCACUACAUGAGCGACCCCACCUACUACAACUCGUGGAAGCGCCGGGCGCCGGGCGGGCGCGCGGCCCCGCACAGGUACGAGGCGGUGGCGGGGGCCGAGGCGGGCCCGCACCUGCACACGGUGGUCACCACGCAGAGCGCCGUGUUCGCGCCCGCCGGCCACGGCGCCCGGACUCCGCUCACCGGCUUCUCCUCCUUCGUGUAGCGCCGGCCCGCCCCGCUCCGGAGUCUAUUUUUAAGACAAUCAACUCCAAUAACUGAGCUCCAGUUUUUGUUUAAAAGAAUUCUGAUACGUGAUGAUUUUACCUACUUGUGAACACUAGAUUUAAAUUAGAAAGGUUUUUUUAAUGGCUUUUUGUAACAUCGCUGCAGGAAGCGGGUUUCUUUGUUUUUCUUUUCUUUUUACGAGAAGGUGUAUUUCACUGGUGCAAUGGCGUGGCACCCCGGGGCCUCUGAAGACCUGAGACCUCCCCAGUGCCAGGUUUCUCCGUCCUAACGUCCAACUAGGAAGGCUGGAGGGGGAGGAAGAGCUGGGGGUCAAGGGAGACCCCCACCUGCCUCCAGGCGGCUCCUUCCUCUUCUCUACCUCCUCUGCCUGCGGAGCCCCAGCGGCUCACCUGACUCUCCCUCUGUGACAUCUCCGGGCUGUGGCUCUCUCCUGGGGUGUGACAAGCGGACGUCUGAUCUGGGCUCAGGGCUCUCUCCCCAACUGCCUCCAUCUCUGCAAGGUCCCCACUGUGCGUUUCUAGGCGGGGAAUCAGCUUUAAGGCUCCUGGCAAUGGGGCAAGAGAUUCUAAGUGGUGUCUCUGACCUGGUGACGGCUCAGAGCUGCAUUCUGUCAUUCCAGUGGUGAAAUAUUCGGGGCUUUCUUCCUCUUUUCUUUCUUUACACCUGAUAGUCCAGGAGCAGGAAACCACCCCCACGGCUGGACGCCACCAGCACAGCCCUCAGCAAGCUAGCUCCUUCCUGUGAACACAGCCCACGGCCACCGCUAGCCCCGAGGAAGCAAGCCAGCGGUUUCAGAAUUGCUUGUUGUGUAAGAGGUGUGCAUUGUUAACCAGAGUAUUUUUUAAACCUUUUUAUCAUUUUUUAAAAUAUGUCACAUGAAAUGAAUGAGUCUCUGCUGUCUCCAGGUGCCUUUUUAUUAAUCGUUUAGUUUUGUACAUGGGAAAGACGAGAGCGCCAGUGUCUCCAAAUAAAGUGAACCGGCUCCAAGGAAAUGGGGGCUGCCUGGCCUUGGGCUCACAGCCCUCCGUGCCCGCGCACAGUGCGUCCUCCAGCCCGGCCUCUGGAGGCACCCUUGCUCCCCCCCGCUGCCCACCGCCUUGCCCGCCAGUGCUGCUGCUGUCCCGUCCCCCCAUCCGAGGCCAGCUUUUAGCCUUAACAGGUUUUCUGAAAACGUUUUUUCUUCCUUUACUAUUGUUUUGUUUUAGUUUUUUAGCUAAAUGAGAAUGGCAUGAACUACUUUGAAAAUCUUAGAUUCUAAGCCGUAGCUGUCCCUCCAGCCCAUCACAUUAUUUUAGCAACAGGUGGCUGAGGUGUGGGUGAUCAGUCCCCCAGCCCAGAGCCGGGUCCAUCUGUAACCCGAGUGCUGCUGGUGCCAGCCUGUGUGUGUCCGGGAGGGCCCCACGUCCCCGCCCGCCAGCAGGAAUGUGGCACAUUAGAGAACAGCCACUCUGUCUGUGGACACCCCCAACGCACAGGGGAGCAGGGCGGUGCUCUCCUCGCCGGGGACCUGCCGGUGCUCUGAGGUGGGAAGUGGCUGGGCCCAGCGCCUGGCCGGUCUCGUGCCUCCUGUGGAACCUGUGGUCUCUGCUCCACUCUCCUUUCUACACCUCCGUGAGGCAGAGGGCAUGUCUUCACCCCCAGCUGUCAGAGUUGCUGGCUGUGGCCCCAGGAGACCAAGGAGAGUUUUGCGUUGGGUGAAAAGCCCCUUUUCAGUUUUUCCAAAAGUAGAGGGUGUGUGUGGAAAAUUUCCUCUCUGUCUCUCUCCUCCUCCCUCCCUCCCUCCCCUCCUUCCUUCUCUCCUUCCUUUUCUGCUUCCUUCCUUCUUUUUCUGAGUGGAGGGGGAAAUACUCUAAACCAAAAAUCCUAGACACUCUGCCCAAAGCUGCUUGUGUGUGAGCCUCGCUUCCCACAGUUCACAGGACCCACCGCGGGGCUCAGAGCCCACCUCCCUCCCCUCGGCCCCAAGACCCAAAGUGGAUGGGAAUCCGUGAGGCUGCAACAUGAAUUUCCUGGAAGAGAAGGGAUAGGUGGAGAACGUGGACAACACUGCCUUCUGUGCACUUCGCUCUCUAAGCCAUACAGACUUUGCUGUAAAUAACGAGGAAAGUGUUGAAACGUCUUGGGAUGAGGACGAUUUGGGUUGAGGUGUGGUUUUUGCUUUUAGGUUUUUGUGACAACAACAUGACACUCUUUUUUCAGGCUCACUGUA